GCAGACGGCGGACACAUAAUCAAUGAUUUCAGAAAGGAUAUACAUUUAUAAAUAUAGUUCUGGGACGUGAAGCAUAAAAAUGUGGCCUGUGUUUAAUUUAGAAGAACAAUAUGCCGAGCACCCAACCAUUAAACGAGAAGAAGUUCAAAAACUUCAUCAAUGGCUGAAAGCCCAACCACAUUUGCCUGACUUAUUGGAACAGGAGGCUCUUCUAUUCUAUUAUGCCUGUGACCAUGAAAUGGAACGCGCUAAACAUGUGAUCGAUAAGCACUACACAUUUCGUACACAUGCUGUAGACUUUUUUGGUAAUUUGGAUCUGGAAUCACCUAAAUUAGUUCAAGCCCAGAACACAAUGGCUUCCUUCCCAUUGAAUGAAUCGACGCCAAAGGGAUACAGAGUUACAAUAACCAAGUUAACCGAAACUGAUGCGGCAAAAUACGAUUUCGUGGAUUCCUUAAAGUUAUUUUUUGCAGCCCAAGAUAUUUGGCUGCAUGAAGUUGGUCUUGUACCAGGAAUCAUAAUUGUAAUCGACCUAGCCGGAUUUUCAUUUCGUCAUCUUACCCGAAUAGGUAUAUCACAUGUAAAGAAAAUUUGCCGUUAUGCGCAGGAAGUAGUUCCAGUUCCGUUACUUGAAAUGCAUUUUGUGAAUCCCUCUUCCAUUGUGGGAAAGAUAAUGAAACUACUCAAGCCACUGAUCAAAAAAGAAAGUAAAAAUAAAGUAGUUGUACAUUCAAGUCUAGAAAGCCUACACCAGCACAUACCUCCCUGCAUGUUACCACAGGAAUAUGGAGGUGAUGAACGGUCCUGCGCUGAAUUGGCAGAAAUCUAUUACAAAAAAGUUCGUAAAUACCGCCUGAAUAUUAUAGAGUUCAAUAGGAGUCGCCAUGUCGAUGAGAAACUUCGUCCGUCUAAAAAUGAAUCUGAUCUCGUCACUUCUAAGAAAACCUUUGACAUUGUAAACUAUUUACGAAAGUAAUGAGAUAUAAAGUAUAUUAAAGCAUAGAUUGUAAACUCUUAAAAAAAAUUAACAACAAACCUUAUAAACUCGUAUUCAAUAUUAUAGAUAUAUAGAAUAAAUAAAAACGUGCUAAGUUCGGCCGGCGAUA